AUGAGUAAUACCAAUAGUAUUACCAAAAAUUUUCUUGUUGAAAGUACAAGUGAGGUUACAAAUACUUUGAAAAGAGUUGAAGAUGAAAAUCAACAUUUAUUCAAAAAUGAAAACGAAUCAAAAAGUAGUUCAAGAUCCGUUUCUAAAAGUAAAUGUAUUCUAUGUGUGCCAACAAUAUCAGGUUUUGAUAUUUCACAAGCAGUUAGAUUAAUGAAACCACCAAUUUCAAAUAUACCAAUUAUCGCAUUAACUUCUUUACCCUUAGAAGAAAUAUAUGACAAUUAUAUAAAGUCAGGAAUGAAUGAUUAUUUAACAAAACCUCUAAGUUCAAAUCAACUUGAAAAUAUUUUAAAUAAAUGGAUUAGUUAG